AUGGAUUCCUCCAAAGCAUCUCGAGGCAAUCCUCUAGCGUUCACUCCUUGGCCAGUUACCCUCAUCACAGCCGCUGUGUACCUAGCCUUUGCGAUUCCUCUUCUGGUUGUCCACCAUGUCGUACCCUCCGCUCCCAGUUCGGACCCUGUCGGCUUGAACCUCACCGAAGCCUGGAGCGACCUGCAAACCCUGACGUCCGGAUACCGCCCGUAUAACUCACGCCAAAAUGACAAAAUUCACGAAUGGCUCUUGCAGCGAGUCAACGAGAUUAUAGACGCAGCGCCUUCCGCGACAGCCGAGGAGAAAAUCCCUGACGUUUUUGUCUUCGACGAUACGCGCUCUAAUUUGACGUUCUCCCGCGAUAACCUUGCCGUCUAUUUCGAGGGAACAAACAUUUUGGUCUAUAUCCGGGGCGAGGAAGAUGGUUUGGAUAAGUGGUGGGAGACCCCGAAUGGCCGGCCAAAGAGCAAGGGAGGCGUAUUGGUGAACGCACAUUAUGACAGUGUCUCGACGGGAUUCGGCGCGACAGACGAUGGGGUCGGUGUGGUCACUUGCUUACAGCUCAUCAAGUACUUCACGACGCCCGGGCAUGCGCCUCGGAGAGGCUUGGUGGUGCUGUUCAACAAUGGCGAGGAGGACUUUUUGAACGGCGCGCGCGUGUACAGCCAACAUCCGCUGUCCAAGUUCCCGCAUACGUUCCUCAAUCUGGAGGGCGCAGGAGCUGGCGGGCGUGCGAUCCUCUUCCGCAGCUCAGAUGCGGAGGUUACAGGGCCUUACAUGCGGUCGCAGCACCCUUUUGGGUCUGUCCUUGGCGCGGAUGGGUUCCAGACAGGCCUAAUCCGAAGCCAGACGGAUUAUGUUGUCUUCGAGGGUGACCUAGGACUUCGUGGGCUUGAUGUCGCCUUCAUGGAGCCGCGUGCUCGGUACCACACAGAUCAGGACGACACGAGACACACUAGCAAGAAUUCUUUGUGGCACAUGUUAUCGACGGCAGUUGCGACUACAGAGGGCCUUGUAUCCGACUCGAGCAAUGACUUUGAAGGCCCGGCACGCGACGAUGGCAAGGUAGCUAGCGGCACGGGGACCAAGGCUGUCUGGUUUGACCUGUUCGGGAGAACAUUUGUCCUCUUUCGUCUGCACACCUUGUUUGCGCUUUCAGUCACUCUUCUAGUGGUGGCGCCGCUGGUCUUGCUCAUCACGAGUAUCAUCCUCACAAAGGUUGAUAAGAUGUACCUUUUCAGAACAUCGAUACGGCCAGAGGGUAGCCUGGAGGUACUUCACCUAUACGGCGAUAGGGGUUUAAUCCGGUUUCCUUUCCUUUUCGGAAUUCCUACUGCUGUCUCCAUUGGCUUGGCGUACUUGCUGACGAAGGUCAACCCGUAUAUUGUCCACAGCAGUCAAUAUGCUGUUUGGAGUAUGAUGGUGUCUGCCUGGACGUUCCUCGCCUGGUUCGUUUCCCGAGUGGCUGACUUUGCUCGACCGUCUGCCUUCCAUCGCAUAUACACACUGACCUGGACUUUUGUGCUCAUGUGGGUCCUUCUGGUUAUUUCUACGGUUUACGAAGACCGCUGGGGUCUUGGGGGCACCUAUUUCAUAUUCUUCGGUUUCUCGGGGACCUUCCUCGCGACGUGGAUCUCAUAUCUGGAGCUUUUCGCUUUGCCACGGAAGUCCGAAUACGCCAAUCACUUGCGGCCGGUAUCGAGACGUGCCAGCAGCUAUGGUAGUCGACUUGGGGCGUCUGACGAGGACGAAGAAGACGAGGGUGACGAAAGCGAGGAACCGACGGAGUCGACGUCCUUGCUUGGUGCCAGUGGGCAACGGACUUCAUUCGCUAAUUACGUUCGCGUGAAUGCGGAGACUGCAGUGCACUCUGAUAACGAGGAAGUUGACCACGACGUCAAUGUGUAUGGUUUUGAGCAGCGAUGGAGUGCCUCUUUGCCGAAAUGGCUAUGGGUGUUGCAGUUCCUUCUAGUCGCUCCCAUUGUCCUUAUUCUGGUCGGUUCUCUAUCUUUGCUCCUCACCAGUGCCCUGCACCAAACGGGACAGGACGGAAGCUCGACAUUGUUCAUCUACAUUGCUAUUGUUACGUUCACAACUAUCAUGCUGACUCCUGUUCUGCCUUUUAUCCACCGGUACACCUACCAUAUUCCGGUCUUCCUAUUUGCCGUCUUUGUCGGUACCCUGAUUUAUAACCUGGUUGCCUUCCCCUUCUCCGAUUCCAACCGAUUGAAGCUAUUCUUUAUUCAAGAGGUCGAUCUUGGGACGGGUUACAAUACCGCUUCGCUGAUAGGUGCUCAACCCUUCGUUCACGACGUCGCCGUUAGUCUGCCUAGUGCUGCCGGGCUGGACGUCACUUGUGAUGCCUUUGGAGACCGGGUAAAAUGCUCGUGGGCUGGAAUCCCACCGCAUGUUGUCGCAGGCGACAAGCCCUUUGAAGACUGGGUUUCAGUCGAGAUUUCCAAGCCUACCGGGAAGCCUCGUCAGGCUCAGCUCAAGAUAUCUGGUCAGGAUACUCGCGCGUGUAAGCUACUCUUUGACACACCAGUUAAGAACUUCCAUGUCGCCGAUUCCGCCUAUGACUCUCGGUUCCCGCACACUUCCUCCAAAGGGACUAAGGAAAUCCGACUCUGGAGUCGUACAUGGAACAACACCUGGACGGUCGACGUUGAAUGGUCAGCCUCUGAAGGCUCAGACCACGAGAAAACCGUCGAUACUCUUACAGGCCAAGUUGUCUGUCUAUGGAGCGAUUAUAACGAGGCGGACGCCAUUCCCGCUCUUGACGAAGUACGACAGUACGGUCCCUCUUGGAUCGGCGUGAGUAAAGCAGCCGACGGGCUUGUAGAGGGCCGCAAGGCAUUUGAGAUCGCCUAA